UAAAGUAGAUAUUGCAGAUGUUCAUUGUAUUUAUAAAUAAGGUUGUGCAGAUAGUCCAAAGCAUAUGGCAUGUGGGGCUCGAAACCUCCCCUGCUUCCUCACUCAGAUUUGCACUAUUAUCUCAUGCUUCACUGCACUUAAUUUGGUUUCAUUAUAAUUACACUGCAGCUGUUGCUUCAAUCAGUAUCUUUCUUCUUUUGCUACUAUGGCUGCUAUGAAAUCUCUCUUUCUUCUCUUGCUCACUACUCUUACAGUUUCAACAAUGGUUUCGACAAAAGAUGAUGACCUGUUGGAGGCUGGUUAUGCCAUUGUAAAACCCUCCCCUGCUGUCCCGGUCAAAGCGCCACUGCCACCUUCAAUUGGAAUCCAGGUAACACCACCACCUCCACCACCCGUUCUUGCUCCACCGCUUAAGCCACCACCUGCAGCUCCCCAGCCCCCUCCACCAAGAAACACAAAAGAAUGUUACCCUCCAUGUGUGGUGAGGUGCAAAUUGCAUUCAAGGAAGAAUGUAUGCCUGAGAGCUUGUGUGACAUGCUGUGACAGAUGCAAAUGUGUUCCUCCUGGACAAUAUGGCAACAAAGAGAAGUGUGGCAAGUGCUAUGCUAAUAUGACCACUCGCGGCGGAAGACCAAAGUGCCCCUGAACUCAUGCCUAAAUUACUACCACCACCAAUCUCAACAAGCUGGAGGAUAUAUAUGUGUGUAAUAAAAUUUUGACACUAGUAAGCAAAUAAAUUGUAAGAGGUUCCCCGGCUGCACUGAGGAACCACUUAUAUCCUCUUGUUGUCUUUGUAUCAAGUUUGUUUCUCCCUUGGACUGUAUCUUUCUUAAACUUUACGUUAUCCAGGAGCGAUCUAGCAAGAGGUACGGGACACGUGUCCCCCGUAAGAUUAUUUUUCCAUGUUUUCACCAUUCAAAAUUUUUCAAAAUUUGAAAAUAUACAUGUGUUUUUCGAAAAUCUGUUUGAUACCUCCCAAGAAAAUAAUCCUAGAUCCGCCCCUAAUCUUACCAAAAAAAAUUCUAGAAUGAUCCGAAAUUCAUAUGUCUACGAACCUAAACCAGACCCCAGAAGUUUACAAGUGUUUUUCGGGUUGGUAAUAAUCUGAGAAAUUUAACCGUACCUCCAAACAAAUGAAAACAAACAUAACUAUUAACCACAGCAUAAGUCAGUACUAACGCCAGAAACGUAACGUUAGAACGCGAGCCAAUGCUCUUCGGUAUUGCCAUCAGGCCAGUGACUCCAUAACAGUACAAACCAAUCGACAAUGCCACAAUGAACAAAUAACACAGCUACAGCUAUCACCAGGGUUCACCAAGUUUCCAAAACAACAAGAACGAAUUUCCAUAGUUCUUAUCACCGAUUAAACUACACAUUCACUCGCCCUAUAAAAAGGCCUCGCAACAAUGAGAUAUGCACCAGCAAUCCAUCGCCACUCGAGACCUAAUCAUUAAAAUAUAAUCAUCGAGGUUGAUUUCAGUUAGAAUGGGUUUCGAGAAGAUCGCUGCUGCUUUUGCUAUCUGGUUUGUAUUGGCAAUAUGCAUGGUGGGUGCACAAGUGGAGUCACCUGCCUCUCCUCCUACUUCUUCAGCAUCCUCGUACGGACUUGAAUCCAUCUUUAUGGGAGUUGCAGGCGUGGCCAUUUCAUCUCUUGUUCUUAAAGCUCUUUCUUAAAUCUGCUUGGUCCUGAUUAUAUGUUGUGUGUUUUUCGAUUCUUGUUUCGGGAUUUUUCAUGUCAUGCUUUUGAAGUGGCAAUGUGGCGGUAAUAAACUGUGCAACGCGAUUUGAUGAUUUAAUGUAUUUUUUCUAUACGUGUUUUCAUUUAUGCAAA